CCAAAAUGGCUGCAAAGUCCGCGCGGUGCCGCCCUGCGCCAACCUCAAGCCGCGACCACCAUGCUGCCGACCAAGCAGCGGCUGCAGCUGCCGGUGGCGGCGGUCGGGGUGCUGAUGCUGCUCGUCGUGGCGACGCACGCCAGCCCACAGCGCUUCGAGGACAUCGUCAACCAGAUCCUGCCGCAAGCCGGCGGCGCGGACAAGUCCGGCAACUACAACGUGUUCUUCAUCCCGGCGUACCGCCUGGCGCCCAACAAGACGGCCGCCCUCACGGCCUCCACCACCACGCCGACGCCGCCGAGGCUGGACCCGCGGACGAGCGCGCGCCUGCUGACGGCCGCCCUGAGCGCCGCGGCGCGCCUCACGCACUUCAACAACUACCCGUCCGUCGACGGCCACGUGCCCGCGCACUACGGCCACCUGCCCUACUACGGCCACUUCCCCGUGCCCGUGGUGGCGAGCGCGGUGAGCGGGCCCGGCGCGGGGCUGCUGUACUCGGCGCUGCCGGGACCGCUGCCGCGGUUCAGCGCGGCGGCCAGCGCCCUGGACUUGGUGUCGUCCUCGCCGAUCGCCGCCAGCCACGCCCUCGGCACCACCGGGCCGCUGUACGCGUCGCCGGGCAGGCCGGCCGGGACGCUCAACUCGCUCGGGUCUCUGGCCAGCGCCGCCGCGUCGGCAGAGGCGCCGUCCACCACCAUCGAGGCCUCCACGACGACCAUCGCGCCGCCGGAGCCAACCACCAUGGCGCCCACCACCAUGCCCGCCGCAGCCACCGCGCCAGAGGCCACCGAGGCCGCCACCAACCCCAAGGACGAUGCCGAAGGGGCGCCGAGGACCACGCCGUUCAAGCAGACGUUCGAGUUCGGGCGGACCGAGUCGAGUCGCCGCCUCAACCUCACCGAGGAGGUGGAGGUGACCGGCAGCGUGGAGGGCAGCCAGGAAGCGACCACCCCGCCGCCGCCUACUGCGGCGACUCAGCAGACCUCACCCGCCACCGACGUGGUCACGGAGGUCAAGGACCUCAACUCGCCGCCCCCCACGGGGCAGGCGCCCGCCCCCGCAGCCAGGGACGACCCUCCUACGGGGCCGCAGUCGCCCUACCCGUUCCACCCGCCCGGCCUGCCCGGCGCCUACCCCUCGGGAGUGCCACUGGGCGGGGACUACCGCCCUCCGGAGUUCCGCUUCCGCCACGACCCUUACCGCCCCGACCCCUACCGCCCCGACCCUUAUCGCCACGACCCUUACCGUCCUGAUCCCUACCGCGACCCGAGGUUCCAUCCGGGUUCGGGACCCUCCGGCGGCGCCCAGCAGCAGCUCAGGUCGCCGCUGUUCACCUCGCAGCUCGGCCUGGACGCGGGCCGCGGCGGCAGCGGCAGCCCAUUCAGCCCGCAGCGGCCGUUCUCCUUCAACAACCCCCUGUUCUUCCCCUCGGGGGGCGACGCCGACGUGGAGCCCCGCCAGAGCGAGCUGAAGCACUACACCGCGCCGGACGAGAAGCUGGUCUCCACCAACCUGGACGUGCAGCACGCCGACAGCCUCAGCGACCUGCUGAGCUCGGUGGCGUCGCUGGGGACCGUGCCCGCGCCGCACACCCUGGAGAGGCGGCAGGACUCGGGCACGGCCACCGCGGGCGCCGCCGCCAGUGUCGGCGCUAGCAGUGCCGGCGCCACCAAGCCCGUCAAGCGCGCCGGCUUCUACAGCGCGGCCAACAGAUGA